GCGGUUUUCCUUGCCAAGAAAAAUCCCGUGAACAUAUUUUGUGCCUGUGGCCAAAGCCAAAAAGAGUCGCCUAUCCUGAACAAAUCUUUAACGUUGGGCUCCCGUUUUCUUGCACGCUGACUUGGCUGCUCUCUGCCGACGGACGGGUAAUGGCGGGGCUGUGGGCGCCGUCCAUCCUCAGGACGACCAACAAUCCGGUUCUAGUGGCAUCCACGAUGGUGAUGAUGCUCCCGACCACCCUCACCAAGACUCCUUCUUCUCGGUUCACCAUCAUGUCAUUCUCCUCACCUCCAUCGUCGGACACUUCAGAUUCUCAAGUGAAAAUACCGCUCCGAGUUGGCUUUUUGGGGCUUGGCAUUAUGGGCUCUCCUAUGGCUAAGAAUCUUAUAAAUGCAGGAUGUGAUGUAACUGUGUGGAAUAGGACCAAGGGCAAGUGCGAUCAACUCCUCGACCUUGGAGCAAGAUACAAGUCCUCUCCUAUGGAAGUUGCAUCAUGUUGUGAUGUGACAUUUGCUAUGCUUGCUGAUCCUGAAAGUGCAUUUGAUGUUGCUUGUGGAAAGGAGGGUGCUGUUCAUGGAAUGGCUGCAGAAAAGGGGUAUGUUGAUGUAUCUACAGUUGAUGAAGACACCUCUAAGGCAAUCAGUGAACACAUUAAAGCAACUGGGGCUGUGUUUCUUGAGGCUCCAGUUUCAGGAUCAAAAAAACCUGCUGAAGAUGGCCAACUUAUAUUUCUUACUGCAGGUGAUCGGUCUCUCUAUGAAAUAGUUUCACCCUUGCUGGAUAUUAUGGGGAAGUCAAGGUUUUUCCUUGGGGAUGUUGGGAAUGGUGCUGCAAUGAAACUCGUGGUGAACAUGAUUAUGGGAAGCAUGAUGGCUUCAUUUUCAGAGGGACUGAUCCUCAGUCAAAAAGUGGGGUUAGACCCCAAUGUCCUGAUUGAGGUUGUCUCCCAGGGUGCUAUAAGUGCGCCAAUGUUCUCACUCAAAGGCCCUGCUAUGGUCCAAGCAAAAUAUCCAACAGCAUUUCCUUUGAAGCAUCAACAGAAGGACUUGAGGCUGGCUUUAGGCAUGGCAGAAGCUGUAUCCCAGCCUUCUCCCAUCGCAGCUGCUGCAAAUGAAUUAUAUAAGAUUGCAAAAUCUCAGGGACAUAGUGACGCUGAUUUUUCUGCAGUUGUCGAAGCAUUAAAAAUAAAAUUUCAAAGUCCAGAAAACUAAUGAAAGAGGCAGAUGGAGAGGGAAAUCUUCAUAUUCGUCAAAACUUGAUGAAUGCGAAAGCUAGCUUGCCCCUGAUUUUGCAUGCUGCGAGUAGAUGUUCUGUAUUUUUCGGUUAUGUUCUGCCAAGGAAAAUUUUUCAGCACUAAAUCAACAUCAUUUUAUGGUCAAUGACAUUGAGCAUGAUAGCGGAAACUAUAGCAUGCCAAUCGUCACAUUUGCCUUUAGAACUCUGGUUUCAUGCUGCUUGUACUAAACUGGGUUAAGAUCUUGACAAUAAAAAAGUGAUUUACCCUA